AUGGUUAAAACUGAAAAUCAUCAUCAUUGGACAAACAUUUUCAUCAUUAUCAACAUUAAUAGAUUAAAUUAUUCAUCGCAUUACUCUUCAAAUCUACAAAAAAACGUUCAUGAAGUUAUCAAGGCUCCAAAAACAAGCUCUCUAAUUUAUAAUUAUAAAUCUUUCUCUUUGGAAAUUAAUAUUCAAUUCAUAUUUAGUUUAAUUCUUUUUAUUUCAAGCUCAACACGUUCAAUUAUAAGUCUACAUUCUGUAUUCAUAAUUUUAAGUCUAAUUUUAAUCCUUUCUUUUUCAAUUUCAAUACGUUCUUUCGAGUCAUUAACCAUACUUUGUGCGUUCCAUAUAUUCUAUUAA